GUGUCUGUGCGUAUGCCUGUUCCGUCAGUCUGAACGUCGAGUGGAAGCGGUGGGUGGAAUUGCUGGAUCGAAUGUUCCGCGGAGACGUGUGAGUAUAUGCGCUUUACGCUUGAAAAUUCACUUCCAACACAUUUGUUCAUCCUCGAGGAUGAUACGAAGAGCUUUUAUGCAUCUUCGCCCUCCGCCAACUGUGGGACCAUCAUCAUUGUCAAUCAAUCUCACCAGCCAUCUACUCACGCACCUGACUACUGCCCAGCUUCCCAAGGGUUCCCGCACCAUUUUGGAGUUCACCUCCCUCUCCAACCAUAUCUCCUUCCUCAGUAUGACGCACAUUCUUGCCUCGUCCCCUUCCUGACCCACCGUCUCCCCCACCGCCUCUCAGAUGUCCUCACAACAAUAAACGACACUCCACACAUCAAACUAUCGAGGCUCACGAACACAUCACCGCAUACGUUGAUCCACUCGUUGCAUUAUCAACCAAACUUACAUACCCAUACUUCUGCUUUGAUCGUACUCAGCAAGCGGAUUGCCGUCAGGACAAAAAUAUUCAUGACCUUAGCAAGCGAAUUGGCGGAGUGCAACCUUCGUGCGGUGAGCGUUGGCGCUGAAGUAUAAAUCUCCAGUGAUUCAAGAACGCAUCAACAUCAUGAUUCAAGAAUUCGAGUCGCCCGGAUGUAUCUAUCUGUGGCCGUCGGUUUUGACAGACAGGCAGCAGAGACUACCCAGG